AUGCCAUCCUCCACCACGCUCCUUGCUGUCAGCGCGGCAGUUGCACAAGCGUGGGCCCAAAAGCUACCUGCAGCAGCCCAGGUUGUGAAUCAGAAGUCCUUCAAUGUUUUGGAUAAUGUUCCACCACCCACGGUCCAAAACGCUUCCAACUUGUUCUACUGGCCCGGCGUGACUGAAGAGUCCCUCCAAGCGAAACCCUUCCUUGUCUUUGACGACGAGUUCUACGAUGUCAUUGGACCCAACCCUUCUCUGACUACCAUUGCGAGCUCCGACUCCGACCCCCUCUUCCACGAGGCAGUCACCUGGUACCCUCGCACUGACGAAGUCUUCUUCGUUCAGAACGCUGGACCCCCCGCAGCUGGCACCGGUCUGAAGAAGUCCUCUAUCAUCCAAAAGAUCCUUCUUUCCGAUGCGGAGAAAGUCCGCAAUGGAAGCCUCAAGGCUGCACCCGUGACUGUAGUCCCUACACAGAACCCGCAGAUCAUCAACCCCAACGGUGCUACCAACUACAAGGGUAACCUCAUCUUCGCUGGUGAGGGCCAGGGUGACAAUGUGCCAUCGGCGCUAUAUGUCAUGAACCCGUUGCCUCCUUACAACACUACCACUCUCUUGAACAACUACUUUGGUCGUCAAUUCAACUCACUCAAUGAUCUUACUGUUCAUCCCAAGAAUGGUGAUCUCUACUUCACCGACACUCUCUACGGCUACCUCCAGGACUUCCGUCCUUACCCCGGCAUUCGGGAGCAAGUCUACCGUUACAACUUCAACUCUGGUGCCAUUACCGUCGUCGCUGAUGGCUUCCGUCACCCUAACGGUAUCGCCUUUUCGCCCGACGGCAAGAAGGCCUACAUUUCCGACACUGGUAUCGGCAAUGGCUUCUUCGGCUUCAACCUCACUGACCCAGCAUCCCUUUACUCUUUUGAUGUGUGCGCACAGGGUACCUGGUCUAACCGCAAGACGUUUGCUUUCGUCCCGACCGGCAUUCCUGAUGGCGUCAAGGUCGACUCAAAAGGUCGCGUUUACACCGGUGCCGGCGAUGGUGUUUGGGUGUACAACGCUGAUGCCAAGCUUAUUGGCAAGAUCUACACUGGCAAGACCGCUGCAAACUUCCAGCUUACUGGAAACGGCCGUAUGAUCAUCACUGGUCAGACCAAGCUGUACUAUGCCACUCUAGCUGCAACCAACCAGGCUUUGCAGUGA